CUCUCUCUCUCUUGUUGUCCAGUCUUGCCUCCAGUGGCGAAUAACGGAACCCGUCAGAGUUUGAAUAGCUUGAUAGUUUAAAGUUUGAACUUUUUUAUAACCUUGCUUGAUAAAGACUUAGUCUAUUAAUAACUCUGUCCGUAUCCGCUUGUAAGUCUCGCGCGCUGUGUCUUUAAGAGGGUUUACCCACCGACCUCCUGUUGAUCCGACAGACAGUGUAUUUCCCCAUACAUUACCGCUCCUCAGCACCUCCUCCCGCCUCUCUCUCUGCGCUUUACUUCAUUCAUAACCACUUAUUUAUUAAUAUAUUUAUUCACUUUGGAGACUUGAAGAAGCUCAAAACAUGGCAGAGGUCGGGAAAGGAGUCAACGCCGGGAAACUGGCCAGUAAUGUACAGAAGAGGUUAACCCGAGCGCAAGAGAAGGUGAUGCAGAAACUGGGAAAGGCAGAUGAAACCAAAGACACAGCCUUUGAGGAGCAAGUAGCCAACUUUAACAAGCAGAUGAACGAGGGCACCAAACUGCAGAAAGACUUGAAAGCAUAUUUGCUGGCAGUCAAAACAAUGCACGAGUGUUCCAAGCGUCUGCACGACUGUCUGGCUGAAAUGUACGACCCAGAGUGGUUUGGCAAAGAGGAGGUGGACUCCUUCGCAGAGGACACUGACCUCCUGUGGCAAGAUUUCCAUGAGAAGCUUUUGGACAAUGCUGUAAUUUCCAUGGACACAUACUUGGCUCAGUUUCCAGAUAUAAAGGCUCGCAUUGCAAAGCGUGAAAGGAAGCUGGUGGACUUUGACAGUGCCAGACAUCAUUUUGCCUCUGUACAGAAAGGCAAGAAAAAGGACGAGGCCAAAAUUGCCAAGGCUGAGGAAGACUUGGGCAGAGCUCAGAAAGUGUUUGAGGAGAUCAAUUACGAUCUCCAGGAGGAACUUCCCACCCUGUGGAACAGUCGUGUUGGCCUCUAUGUUAACACAUUCCGGAGUGUGUCUGGCCUGGAGGAAACAUUUCACAGGGACAUGGGCAAACUGAACCAGAAUCUGAGUGAUAUUAUGACCAAACUGGAGGAGCAGCGUGUCGCCAAAAAAGGUGUCACGACAGCAAGCACUGGGAAGAGUGACGAAGCAGCCAACCACAAUCAGGAGACGUCAGAUGCCCCGAAAUCUCCAUCAAAGCCCAGAGAAGUACCGCCGGUCUCUAGACCCCCCAGACCGGCUUCAUCUCAGGAGGUGAAACCGGACAACAUCAUUAACCUGUUUGAGGAUGCAGAAGUGUCUGACAGUAACACUGCAACAACACAACCUGAGCAGGGGGCUUCGUGGAAUUCAUGGGAGCCCGCUAAGAGCCCCGCUGUCAGUCCCUCUCAGCAGUGGGAUUCAGAUUACGAAGCCGAUGCGCAACCUUACGGUCAGCCGUAUGCUGCUCCUGAAUGGGAUGAUGAUGUAACUCCUGCCGUCCAGUCGUAUGAACCUCCUAGCUGGGACGAACAAGACGGUGCGCCUGCCCAGUCAGGCUGGGAUGGUCAAACCACUGCGCCUGCACAGCCAGACUGGGAGGAUGAGCACUGGGAUGAGGAAGGGUCCCAGGUAGGGCAAGAGCAGGACACAGAGACUAACUGGGCCAAUGAUGCUGCUCAGGAUUGGGAGGUGGAGUCAGGGCCGCCUCAGUGGGAGGAGCUUCAGAGUAAUGAAGCCCCAACGGUGACAAAUGGCUCCUCAGAUGCAGAGCUUCCUCCAUCUGUUCUCUUUAAGGUGAAAGUAAUGCACGACUACAGUGCAACAGACAGUGACGAACUUGACCUGAAGGCUGGUGACAUUGUGCUUGUGCUUCCCUUUGCCAACCCAGAUGAAGCGGAUGAUGGCUGGUUAAUGGGUGUAAAAGAGUCCCACUGGCUUCAGAAUAAAAACCUCCAAGCUAAAGGAGUCUUCCCUGAAAACUUCACCCAGAAACUGUGAGCGGAACCGACUUCUCACAUCCACCUGUUCUCAUCCUCCGUUUUCUCACUUCUACUCUACUGUGAUAACGUUUUUUAUAAAACAUCUUGAAAAAUAAUGGCUUCACAAGCAAAAAAAAAAAGUUUCUUCAGCAUACUGUCAUCGCUUUUGUAGAACUGGAGUCAGAUUAAGGCCGUCAGAUGCGUGUAAAGUGAUAGAUCCCAGGUUGGAAUGAACGCUGGGGGCCGAUUUGAGUUGUGUUUGUUAUUGAGCCAUUUUGGAAAGUCGCACGAUUCAGCUUAAAGUCAACAUGAAAUUUUUCACAGAUUAUGACGACACAAGGGUCCGAAUUUAACACAGACUUAGAGCAGAAGUGCCACACAAAUUCAAAAUUGUUGAAGGUUGAAUAAGCUGCACAAAUAAACUAAAUGUAAAAGCGUUAAAUAAAUAGUUUGGUGCGUUAAGCUCUGUGCACAUUGCAUCAUUUGUUUCUUGCAGUGUUGAGCAUUGCAACCAAUCACACAUUUCUUUUGAUGCUAUAAAUUAGAUUAUUCACCAGUGAGUCAAAGUGAAAAAAGUAACCGUCACAAAUUCUCUCAUUUCACAUUGUAGACAUUAUUAUAAUAGGUUAUAACUAGGCCCACACUGAAUCUGCGCUCAGAAUUUCACAGAUUUACGCAGAUUCUGUUUAUUUACUAGUGUAAAUGUGUGUAAAUUUAUAUUUAUUCAGUUUUUAAAUUAAUUUCAAUAAUAUUAUUGACGAACAUGAAAAUAUUCAUAUGAUUUAUUUACAAUACAGUGAGUGAAGUAUUAUGUUCUGUCUUUUAGUAGAUAUAUUAUAUAAGAGACUUGCUUUAUUUACCAAAUAAAGUGGAUCUAAUUGGAUUUGCAUUGUAAACGUUAAAGUUAAAAAGUUCUUAUUUUUCAUUUCAUGUAUUAAGGUUUUAGUUAUGAUACUCCCAAAAUCAUUCUGGAUAAAUCCAGAUUCCGUCUGGCCCUAGUUAUAACUUGCACUCAACUGACGUUGUGGAUCGACAUGCUCAUCUGUAUAGCAGAUAUAGAGUGCCAUUUCGCUAAACAUAAAAAAGUAUCGAUAUUACAAUUGCAAAGGAAUCCUCUAUGUAAAACAACUGCCAGAGUAAUUGGUGGUUCAUUCUGCUGUGGCAGGAAAUUAAGAUUGUGAGUACAUUUUAAGAGCAGUAAUCAAAAAAAUCUAUAAUUUUUACAUAUAUUUGUGUAUUGUGCUUGUCAUGUAAAUGCAUGUAUUCCCCCUGUGAAUUGUGAAUGAUUUUGGUACUCUGAAUGAUUAAAAUAAUUGUAUGCGGUUAAGUAUUUAACAUAAAAGGCAACACAGAUACAGUUAACAAGAUGAUUAUUGAAAAGAAAUGGCAUUAUGAAGGUAGAAAUGGUAGAAAAUCAAUUCUGCGGGCAAAUAAUUUUGCUGGAUGAUACACUAUCACAGAAAUUAUCAUUGUAAAUCUAGCAAAGUCUAAACAUUAUAUCUGUGCUUUGUUAACUUGCCAGUAACAUACAGAAAAAAAGGUUUUAACUGCUUUUGAACUUCUAUUGUUUUAGCUAUUGCAGCAAAUAUUGUCCUUGUUCAGUUUCCGUUUCACUACUAUAGUUUACCCAACUGGAACAACUUAAAAAAAGGGCAAUUUAGACAAUUCUUCAGUGCUUGUUUAGCAUAUUGUAAAAUCAUAAGGGUUAAAUACUAAAGAUAGCAUCUCAAUCAAUGUCAACUAAAGGUGUAUUGUUUACAACAUGAGCAGACUUUGGAUAUUUUAUCAACAAUCUCAAAUUCCCAAAUCAAUUAGUUUCAAAUCUAUAAUCAACACAUGCUGCACAUUAUAUUCUAUUUUCUUCAAAUAAAUGUCAGAUUUCAGGAGUAAAUUGGAAAACACAAACUCGAUUUCAUGUUGACUUUAAAAUCAGUGCUAAUUUUGUCUGGGAUGAUUUCAUUACGUCUUGAGUCUGGUGAGCAUGAGUCCCCUUAAUAUCUUAGUUCUACAAUAUUAUAAAAUUGAAUGAUACUUUUAGAAAACAACAAUGCUCUAAAAUGAACACUACCCAUAUAAAAACAUACAAUACAAUCAAAAACAUCCACAUUGAACCAUGCUUUCAAACGUUAGUAUUUUCAGGCUCCCAAAACAGUUUUAUUGACCUAAAUGCAUUCAAAUGUUUUCGAUUUGUAGUUGAAAAUUGUGUUGUUUAAACGCCUUCAGAGGGUUUCUAGCAUGCGAGGGGCUAAUCACAAAUUUAUGUUUUUUUUCUGUCAUUGAGAGGUAUUUGCCACCAAAUGUUAAGACAAUUAUGUUUAUGGGACAAACCACUGUGGUUGUACUGUAUGAACAACUGUUAUCUUGAAACACAUUUUUUUUGUGAUGCAUUUUAGAACCGAAGAGGUUUAAAUAUUUAUCACGGUUGCUUGAAUGUUUAUAGAUCUUUUAGACGGGUGAACGAAGCUUUAUUCUUUAAAGAACUGGAGAUCAACGUACUAACAUUGAAGUAGAAAAUCAGGUCAAACAUAGAUUUGUAGUCUGCGAUGCACUGAUCCUUUGAUUAGAGUUGCGUCAAUAGAAAUAUCUGCGCAAAUAUCUAUUUUGUAAUAAAAUUCAGUUUUAUAAAAUGUUGAUUUCUUCUGGUGGAAAAAUGAAAUCGAAUUGUUUAGAAGUAACCAGCCUGAUUUCAUGAGGAAACGUAACAAUUUUACGUUAAGUUAGUUUACGAAUUCAGUCGUAUGAAGCUGCAAUUUUUAAAAAGAGGCACCAAACCCCGCCCCUAAACCCAACCGUCAUUGGUGAUGAGCAAAUCAUACUACAUUGUACGAAUGAGAUCGUACAAAUGCAUACGAAUUCACCACUAAAUCAAAUAGUUACAAAUUGCCAUGAGAUAGCGUUAAAAUGACAAUAGCUAUGUUUUCAUCCACUUAUUUUUCUGCGCAUUUUGGACAGAAACACCAAGAUGUGCAUAAAUUUUUAAAAAUCCGCAUAAAAAAACAUAUGCGCAACUCUUUAUUUCCUAAGAAAAAUAACGAAAAGACGUUCGUUGUGUGUCUGCAUUGUCUUCUGAGGCGCAAGUCAUUUAUUAAACAAAGAAAAGAUUCACACAGCUUCUCCUAUUGCAGCAAAUUACGUUUUUACAUUUGAUAUUUGGCGCCAGUUAAUCAGGACGACUUUGUUCUCUUUGAGUCGUUGGAUGAAAACGCUGCUUUAUUUGCACAUAUUUUAUGCAAUGUUCCAGUUUUACGCGUAAAUUUAAUUAGCAUUUUUGUUUGAAAACAUAGCUACUGACUUAAAUGCAGCAUUUCAACACAUUUCGGUUAAGAUGGAUUAUUGUAAAUGCUAACGUGCUGCAAAUAUUUAGCGAACAGCCCUCUGAUUUAACGCCUAUGCUAAAAUAUAAUAUCAAAUAUGCUAGCAAUCUACUUUUGCCAAAACAUUACGGAAAUCUCCCAAGCAGGGUAAAUUAGCUGCUAAUUUGUAAACUCUUACUCCUAUGUAAUUUCAGGUGCGACGUUGUCAGGCUCUAUUGUGUAAAUCUGAAAUUUAUAUAUUAUUCUGUUUACAUGCGCUUACCUACAUUUGAAUCAAUUUGAAUAUUACAAUAUUUUAUUGAAAUAAACAGACAGCAAGAGGUCUAGUCUAUUCAAGGUUCUGCCUAAAAUGAUACAUUUUUGGUGACUUCGGAAUGAUCAAGGUUUUCAUAUUUUAAUAGCCUGUGGCAAUGUAUUAUGUUUUAUCAGAAAGCGUCCCACGGCAUUUUGGUAGCUUAGGAUGCUCUGUCUUAACAUGCAGUUCUUUGUAAGAAACGCCCUGUCUGGCAGCCUUGAAGAGCUUAUUAAAAUGAAAACCAUCCUGAACAUCGAA